UUUGCGCGAGUGUACGUAUACACUGGUACAGUUUUAGAGUAUAUUUUACAGAUGGUAAUUCUACAAUCAGCAAUGCAUAUAAUCGCUCGUUCGUGAUCGCAUUUUGCGGUUCGCAUGUAAGCAACGAUGGAGUUGUUGUUCUCUGCAGUUCUAAAGCUUCUGACUGCGAGUUUCUAACGGUUUUCGCUAAAGACAAAAGCUGCCCAUCACACGGUGGAAACAGAACCGGGGUCAGAAUUCUGAUAUGCAAAUACUUGUAGCAAAAGGUAGCUGUAAUUUAUCACUGGAAUUGGAAAGUAUUAUUUUUAGCAGUAACGUAUGUCGCGCAACCUUUGUAAAUUCCCCUUCAAUGGCGCAUUUAUGACUUACGCGAUUUGGAAUUCGAAGGUUCAGAUUUUGAAUUCUUGUAUACGGAAUAUUUUGUGAGACGUCUGGAAUGAAGAAAUGAUAUCGGAAAGGAAAGGUUAUUUUGCAAAUGUUACCGAUCAUUGGAACUGAAAUUCAUUUGCAGUACGAAAUAUGGCAGUGAUUUUUCUCAGUGACCAUACCGUGAUUAUAUAUCUUAAUAAGAUAGCAAUAUCUCUGGCUCUACUUGCACUGGGUACUGUUGUGCUCUGUGCUUCGGAGAGACGAACGAUUUCCAUUGUAGCAGGAGGAGAUUCCAUGCCGGCCAACGCCAUACAAAUGUGGACACUGUUGUACCGCUCUUAUCGAUCCAAAUACGUCAAUAUUAACUUAACAUAUGAAACUAACGGAGGAGCAGCGGGAGUAAAGGGCGCACUUACAGGAAAAUACGAUUUUGGAGGCUUUACAGACACUGAACCACGCGGCAUAUCUCUCCGGAAUCUGACAGACUUCGAAAUUGUUCCCGUGAUGGCGAUGUAUGGAAAAACUACAAUUUACUUCACCUGAUUUCUCCGACAAACUUUCAAUUGUGGAUCCAGUCGUCAUAACUUACAAUGUACCGGAACUCACCGACAACUGCACCGGACUAGGAAUGAGUGGCAGCACUUGCCUGAGCUUGACAUUCGCCCACUUAACUGGAAUUUUUAAUGGCACCAUUACGUACUGGAAUGAUCCAUUACUGGUGCAGCAUAAUCCGGCACUGGAAGGAGUUAAUGAGAGCAUUGUUGUUAUCGUCCGGGCUGACGACGCUGGAACAACGUCCAUCCUCACCAGGGCGUUCGCUGAAAACAGCAGGGCGUGGAAUACUACGCAUUACUACUUUUCAGAAGGUUGCAAUAAAACUACGGGGUUACCGCUCAAGUGGAACAGCUCCUUAAAUUAUCGUUGUGGCGCGGGUUUACGUGGUGUCGCCAGUUUAGUACUGCAGACACCUUACUCAGUCGGCUAUAUGGGGAAAUCCGAUGCCGUCGAUUUCUCCCUUCCGCACAUUCGCCUGCGAAAUGCAGCUGGUUUUGUGGUCCAUCCCAGCAGUGAGUCUGUGGAAGCCGCCAUGAACGCGUCCAUUCCCAAACUGUCCAAUGUCACCCGAUUGUCGGUAUCGCUGCUGAACCAACCAGGAAACCGGUCGUAUCCGUUGAGUGCAUACACUUACUUCAUCAUGCCAAAGCACAACAUCACCAACUGCACGAUGACUAUCGAACUGCACCGGUGGCUACGAUAUUCGCUGACCGAUCCGUUGGGCCGAAAUGUCGUCCGCGAUUUCCAUAAAGCUCCUUUAAAUGCCAAGAUAUUGGAGUUUAUAGAGGAACGCUUCUUCCGACAGGCUGUGUGUGCCGGAAAGAAGGUCUACGAAAUGCUGGAAUAUGAGAUUGACUUAGAAGAAGGACGUAUCGGAGUAUGGAAGCUGCCCGUCGCCAUUGUCUUAUCCUUGUUUGCAGCGUUUACGUUAGUGUUCUGCACAAUUCUGGCGGUCAUCUAUUAUUCACAGAAUAAACACGCUGUCUACAAUUCCUUCGUUAUUUCACUGGAUAAACCUGAUGCCGGGGGCAAGUCACAACUAUCGAUGGGCGAGCCGAGUAUUUUUUCCGAAACGGAUCAGAUGGUCACCGACUGGGAGGGACUGGGAUACCAAACCAAGACUGAAGUUGUUUACCAGCAUCCGAGAGUGGACACGAUGCUGUUGCGAAGCAUGUGCGACCAUAUCGCACCGUUGGAGACGAUGCGUUGGAGGACCAGGGUGACCUUGGUGAGGCUGUGUGAAAGAACCCAUCACGAAAACAUACUACGAUUAAUCGGGAUCUCAAUGUAUAACGGAGAAUGGAAAUACGUUAUGAAAUGCCCCGCUAAAGGCGUACUGCAGACCAUGCUUCGUUCGGGAAAGAUUCACUUAAACAACGUCUUCCGAUAUUCCUUGGCGAUAGACAUCGCUAACGGCAUGGAUUAUCUUCAUCGGCAUGGCAUUGUGCAUGGCCAGCUGACUUCCCUGGCUUGUUACAUCGAUGCGCGCUGGAGUAUAUCCGUAGGACAGUGGUACGAUUAUUCCAUGCAUUCCGCACAAAAGGGACCAUUUCAUGCAUUUGAAGCCGAGUACUUUACGGCUAAAACUGAUCACAGUAAUAACAAAACCGCUCCGCGUCUCGCUGAAUAUUACAAGCUAUUGUUCUGGAGUGCACCGGAACUACUGCAACGCGAUACGACCGACAUGUUCACGAUUCGAAAACCUACAAAGAAAGGUGAUGUAUAUAGUUUUUCCGUUGUUGUCUACGAAUUAUUCACCGAUACGAUACCGUACGAAGACAUUUUGACCUCCACGGAUAAGAAGACCAAGCGGGAUGCCGGCAAGAUUUUAAAUGACGUUGUAGAAAACGAUAUGCGACCAGUAAUCUCUACCGAGCUGACGAUGACUUAUAAACACAUUGACAAGUUAAUCCGCUCGUCAUGGGAUAAAAAUCCCCAAGAAAGGAAGAGCUUUCACGAUCUGUACCGCAAGCUGAACAAACUGCGGCCCAAAGGUUAUGGACCGGUGGAUGCGAUGAUGAAAGCGCUUGAGGAAUAUUCUACCAUGUUAGAAGAGCGAAUUGAAGAAAAAAACCGCGAUUACGAGACAGUGGCAAAAAACAUGGAAAACCUACUGAACAGUAUGCUGCCCCAAUCCGUGGCUGCCAAAUUAGCACAAGGAAAACCUGUUGAGCCGGAAUAUUUUGAUAGCUGUUCGAUUUUGUUUGCGGAUAUCGUGGAUUUUGCUCGUAUUACGGCAUCAUUGUCGCCACAGCAUACGACCAACCUUCUCAAUACCUUCUACUCUGCUGUAGAAGAUGAGCUAAAAAAUUGUGAUGUGUAUAAGGCGGACAGUACAGGAGAUCUGUACAUGUUCGUGUCCGGUGCACCCGUUCGGAACGGUAAUAAACAUGUGGGAGAGUGUGCGACCUUAGCGCUGGACAUGAUGUUUCUUUCCCGCUCUUUGGUCGAACCGCAUAUGCCGGAGAAACCGCUACGGUUAAGAGCCGGAAUCCAUACUGGCCCGGUUAUCGGGUGCAUUAUCGGAAAUACCGUGCCACGAUACUGCUUCUUUGGUGACACAAUACAAAUGACCAUACUCGUCAAAAACACGUCGUUGCCAAAUCAGAUACAGGUAUCCGGUAUUUCUAAAUAUUUAUUGGACAGCACCGGUCAUUACGAAAUGGUGUCUCGAGGACUCGCAACUAAUCAGGGUGAUGGACCGGGCGUGACGUAUUGGUUACUCAAAAAGGAAGGUCAUCCGAACCCGAUCGUUCCGCUGGUGGAGGCGGCCGCUGGCGAUGUGGCCAUCCAUCUGUUUCCCACGGUUCACACAUCCGAAACCAGUUUACGAUCACACAAUCCGUCGCCCCGUGGAUCGCCUCAUGGAUCGCCAAGACAUACGCCUAUGAUUGCCCGCAGUCCAUCGGGAAAGUCCACGCUGUCCCGGGAUCCCUCCAGACUUUCCAUCAAUCAAGGCGCAGCUUCGCAGAGUCGGUUGUCCAUUUCGCGGCAAUCGUCACGGCAAAGCAUCCUCUCGCGUCACUCGUCUGGCGCAUCACUGGUGGCGGUGGUGCCUCCGGUUGAUUAAUAUUGUACAGUAGCUCUAUAGUCUGUUGUCUUGCUAGAUUUUAACAAGUCUUAAACUUUAUUGCUGUGAGCCUGAUGAGUUAAUUAUAAGCCUGUUUUAUGAAUUCAUGGGCUAUACCAGCGCAGCUGUUAUUUACAUAUAAAUAUAUUGUUAAUAGUGUAUU